AUGGGUGGAUUGGAGGAGAAAGGGUUGGAAGCCAAUGGCACCGUGGCUGAAGGGACUGGCUUUGGUUCCUCAGAAAGGCAAUGUCGGUUUCAAAGACUCUGGUGCCUCAAAGGAUUGAGGACCCAGAGUGGCUGCAGGAAGGGUGCAGGAAGAGCUUUGAUCCCCUUGCGUCUUCCAGCUGUCCAGGAUGACAGUGCCUCGAGUUUGAACUUGAAACACCGGGGAUGCGGCGUCAAUAAAGAGGCGGCGGCCAGCAGCAGAGACCUCUUUGUUCUCACUUACGGAGCCCUGGUGGCCCAGCUGUGCAAGGAUUUCGAGAAGGAUGAAGACGUCAAUCAGUAUCUGGACAGGAUGGGAUACAGCAUUGGAGUGAGGCUGGUGGAUGACUUCUUGGCUCGUUCCUGCGUGCGAAGGUGCCGGAGUUAUUCAGAAGUGGCAGAUCUGAUCGCUCAGGUGGCUUUCAAGAUGUACCUGGGGAUCACGCCCAGCGUCACCUGUAGCAGUCCAACAGCGAAUGAGUUUUCCCUCAUCCUGGACAAGAACCCUCUGUCAGAUAUUGUGGAGGAGCUUCCGGCGGGGCGGUCCGGACUUUGCUACUGCAGCCUGCUGUGUGGUGCCAUCCGAGGGGCACUGGAAAUGGUCCACCUAGCAGCCAGCGUCACAUUCCUGCAGGACAGGCUGAAGGGUGACAACGUGACUGAGAUCGGCAUAACAUUCCUGAAGAAGCUGGAGGAGAAGAGGCGGAGGCGGAACAAGUGAGCGAGGGCAGGUGUGUCCACGGAGGGUGCCUUAAGUGGGGGAGCCGAGCAGAGGGUGCAGCGGCCCCUUCGAGUCUGGAAAUCAACACACAGGCUUGGGAUAGACUCAAUCAACCGGGAGAGCGUGCGGCUGGGCCCAGGAAAAGCCUCCCGGCCACCUUGCCUUUUCGCUUGUAAAAUUGCAGCAUCUCUGACUUGCUAGGCCAUCUGCAGGUUCAGGCCUCCAGGAUGCCCUUAGCAGGAAUGUUCAGAUGCCACAGGUCCUGCCCAUGAAAAUUCUGCUCAUUCCAUCUUCGAGGACUCGGGAGCAGAAACCAAAACAGGCUUUGCCAAAAAGCAUCGAUGCAAUUUCCGGGGGGCCUUCUCUAAUUGGUCUCCACCUAUCUGGUCCGCCCAUCCUGCCAGCCACCUCUGCCCUCAUGGAGCUAUAUCUUUAUUCCAUUUAUCGAUUCGUUGUUUUGCUUACCAUUAUUGUUAUUAGUUGCAUCAAUGUUUUUCCUCUUGCCCUCAUUAUAUGUUCAGAAUCUGUGCCUGCCUGCUUCUGCAAUGGACAAUGACUGUCUUCUAUUUUUAUGGUAUGCACCCAAGAACUAAGUACACUGAGUUCAGCAGGCACUUAGUACAUCACUUAGUUGGGGGAGCAGCGUGGU